AUGGUUGAGAAAGAUGAAAAUAUUACAGCUGAAUAUAUAACCAUUGAUUUUAUUGAAGUCCCUUCAUGCCCAUUGCGUUCAAAUGUUGUGAAGUUGUUAGAGGUGGAACAGAGAAGGAAAGCAAUAUAUGAAAAGAAAUGGGACUUGGAACUACAAGCACUCAAGGUUGUAUCUAAACUAAAGCAGCAUAGCCUCUUUCUUUUCGCAUGGACAGGAGGAAUUAGUAUCUACUUAACCACCAAAAUACCGUCUGCUGUGGCCUUUGCCAUCUCUAUUCUAUUGAUGUGUUUAUUUUUGGCUGAUUUGUUCAUUCGCAUCGGUAUUGCAAAAUCAAGAAUUACAACAAUGAAUAUGCUCAUCAUAAAUUUGACGCAAAGAUACAAAGAUUUAAGAGAAGAAACAAGAAAUCUAAUGGAAUUUGAACGAAGCAAGAAAGGAAGGCUAGCUAAUGUUGUGGAUAACAGUGAAGGUCCUGUCAUGGACAUGGACUCUUUUAUUGCCAGAACUAAGACUAUUUAUGAUGACGCCACCGAUUUUUCUGACUUUGAGAAAGCUUACCAUAAGAUGAUCUAUGUGUCUUGGGGGAUCGGAGGUAUCUUCAUUCCUGCUGUGCUGUUCAUGUCAUUUUGUAACUAUUACUACGGACAAGAUUCUCCGUCUCCUGACAAGCUGUCUUUUGCUGUAUGAGAUGUUCAAGUUCUGCAUCAGUUCUAGUCGUAGUGGCAGCAGAUCAGCAUUUUCAAUAGACGAGAGAUAUAAAUACUUUUGUGGUGGCAGUGAUCUUUGAUUUUGGCUGAAAAAUGCAAAACAUUAUCAUAUCAAUUGCUGUUGGAUAUUGGGGUUUAGGUGUUGGGAUUGACUUAUCAGCCUGAUACUCGACUGUAAUUACUAAUUGUUUAUGCUUUUGCCUGCUGAUGUUGUAAAUAAACGUCCCCAACUCCUGAAAACCAUACACGUUGAAAUCACUAAUAUGUUCACUGCUAAUUUGCAGUAUCUUUCCUUGUUCAUUUUCUUCAGUGUAUG